UCUUUCUUUCAGGAGUGUUUAAGUUUUCUAGUGGUGUCUCUAAUGCUAAGUUUUUUUACCAUACUCUAAACAGUCACAGUCGUGUUCUUAAGUUCGCGAGUUUUUUCGAUGUUAAAUGUUUAGUUCAGUAGUCGAGAGUAUGAUAAGUGUCUUUUUUUGUCAGUGGAACGAUGUUCCGUCACUGUUUUCAUACAAUUCGUCAUAUUCCAGGUUGUUUAACUCAGUCAGGCUGAAAAAUGGAUUCGGAUAACUCCUCUUCAAAUGAGGCAUUUGAGUCUCAUGCUCGUAAGUGGGAAGAUGAUGAGAAAUCUGACGAAGAGAAGAAGUCUGGCUCUGAUGGAGAAAUCAGCAACAAGUCAGAGAAAAGUGGGAAGUCCUCGUCUUCCUCCUCAUCUUCUUCGUCAUCUGACUCUGAAGAUGCAAAAUCGCCUGCGUCCAAUGAUCGCUCCUACCCCAGAUCACCAUCACCAGCAGAAGCUAAGUCCCCACGCUCUUUAAUCUCAUCAAAACACCGGCGAUCUCCUGGCUCUGAUCGCUAUGGCACCUCUCCAAGUGAAAUUAAUUCCCCGAAACAAGGCCCUCAGUCUCCUGCAAGUGAUAAAAACCCUGAGUCCCCCUCCUCUGAUAGAUUCUCACCCUCUUCUGUGGAGAAACAUCCUCGAUCUCCAAGUCCUCAAUCUCCAUCUUCAGGUCAUCUGAAUUGGCGUUCUACCAAGUAUAGUCGUAGUCGAUCACCCAGUGAUGGUGAGCGAAGUCCUAGUCCUGCUGGUUCCCCAGAUGCUAAACAACGUUCUCCCCGGUCUCGAGACAAAUUUAGGGAAAACUUUGAUGAUGGAAGUGUUUCUCCAUCAGCACUAAAUCGAGGGAAUCGCUCUCCUCAUCAGUCAAAGUCCUAUGCCUCUCCCGGUGGAAAUAGUAAUAUUUCCUCCUCAAGCUCUUACAAUUCCUCUAGGAAUGCAGUCAAAGCAAAGAAAGAGCCUAAUGACUCUCCUCAGUCCUCUCCCAAGAGAAGCACAAUAGCUCAUGAAAAACCCAAGAUUCCUGUCAAUCAUGCGGAAGAUCUAUCUGAUGUAUCUGAUGAUGAUUCUGGAAGCGAUAACAUCAGCAUGGACGCUCAGCCAAGCUGUAAUCAAAAUCAAGUUGCGCCAAAAUCUCCAUCUCCAUUAGAUGACUCUGAGUCAAAUCUGAAAAAGAUCGAGAAAGGUGUUGCGCCAAGCACAGCUCUCGAAGGAGAAGAAGCUCUAGAUUUCGAAGCUGAAGAAUUAGUUGAAGAAGGAGAAUGUGAGACCGAAAAAGAGAAAGAGAAGGAAAAAGAAAUCGAAACUGAAAUAGAGAAGGAGGAAGGAGAAGAAACUGAAAAGGAAAAUAAAGAAGAAAAGACUGGUGAAGAUGACGAAGGAGAGUGCAAAGAGGAUCUUGAAGAAGGUGAACUGACGGAUGAAGGUGAAAAUCGACCUGAAGAGACGGAACCAAGACCCAUCUGUAGAUUCUAUAGUCGUGGACAAUGCACCUGGGGAUCUAGCUGCAGGUUUGUUCAUCCUGGAGUAACUGACAAAGGAAACUACACAAUGUUUGAAAUGGUGCGACCACUUGUUCCUGUAAACGGGCCCUCUGCAAUGUUUUCUCCUGCGGAACCCUUUAGGGCACUUGAUAGACCAGCGGCUGUUGGACAAUUAAUUCGAAAGGAAGAGCCACCAGUUGCUGAAUCUGCAUGGGAACGCGGACUGAGACAAGCCAAAGAGAUGUUGCGGAAAUCAACCAAACGGAAAGAAACUGAAGUAGAUUUUGAAGAGAAGAAAAUGAAUCUGACGCUAGGUCAAGAUGAACUUGAUAAAGAGAACGAAUACUACACUCGCACAGCGAGUCCGCCUAUCAGUCCCCGAGAAAGGAAAGACUCUGAGCCUGGAAGGCAUCAUCGUGCAGUGGUUGUGGAACAUUUUGAAGAGUAUCCUGGUGUGGUAAUGCAUGGGGAUGGUUACCUACCUCCUCCACACCCUCUUGCUGGUGCUAGGGGCGAGUAUUGGCCACCAGGCCACAGGGUCCCUCACCACUACCCGCCUCCUCAUCAUCGUAUGCAUUAUCCAGCAGAGUAUCCUCCUCAUAGGAAAUAUCCAGCUGAUCAGGUCCCACCGUAUCAUCGCUAUCCUCAGACAGAAGAAUACUAUGAUAGGAAGUAUCCGCGACAAAAGCACCCGCAGCGAGAAGUCAUCGUGCAAAGAGCCAAAGACUCGAGGGAUGAUUUCAGUCCUCCCUCCCGCCGCGAAAGACGCGAUAGUUCAAGAGGUCGCGAAGGAGGAAGAGGAGACGAGUGGGUGGACUCGUGGAUGAGAUCAAAGCCCCCUGCUCGUCGAAAGUCGCGUUCAAGGAGAGCAUCAUACUCCAGUAACUCUUCAUAUAGUUCAUCGAGUUCAAGUGGUAGCUCCAGUCGGAGCAGUUCUUACAGCCGUUCCUAUAGUAGAUCCCGUUCUCGAUCACGCUCCUCUUCGCCCGUGCCAUCACGCAAAAGGGGCUCUCCAAGACGCCCUCCUGCGGGUGGCCCUAGGGGCAAAAUUAUCUCGCCUGGAGUGAGCCUUUCAGAAAAACGUGCUGUUGCUGAAAGAGCUUUGCACAUGAAUCCACCUCCUCCAAGUCCGCAUACAAGUGGAAAAUCAAGGACAUCGCCUUCCGGUGAAAAGGGUGGCGUCCCUCCGAGACUGCUUGCCCAUUCAAAAGCAGCAGUCGCCUCUGCAAUGCGUUCAGCACGUUCUGCCUCCAAUUCCUCCAGAUCUUCGUCUGGUUCUUCAUCUCCCUCAUCUAGUGAUUCAUCUGAAUCGUCUCUUUCUUCGUCAUCAAGCCGCUCAUCUCGAUCUGCUUCACCUCCAGCUCGAGGAAAGCGCUCGGAAGCAGAUGUCAGAGCAGCACCAUCAGCCACUGUUAGGAACAAAGGAGUGGAUGCUUUAAAGCUUUCAGGACAGAAAGAAAAAAUCAAACUUAAUUUGAAGAACUCCCAUUCCAACUCUGGUUCUAUAGCUGGUAAGAAGCGACCUGCAGAAUCACCACUGGAUGAAAAGUCUCCACCCUCAGGAAAGUCCUCAUCUGGAAGUAAGGCAAUGGCAAAGAAGGCAGCACCUUCAAGGAGAGAAGAAUUAUUGAAACAGUUGAAAGCUGUUGAGGAUGCAAUCGCUCGAAAGAGAUCUAAAAUUGCUUAAAUUAGUAUCCAGUUCUUUAAUGGUGCGAUAUUGUCUCGUUGUGAAUCAAGUUUUUCUUUUUUGUAUUUGUAUGAUUAUUUUAUGGCACUAUCUAGCUUUUAAGGUGUAGCAUUUAUUUUUCUAGGAAUUGUAAAGACUGUAACUAAAUUUCUAUCAUUAAAAGUUUGGUUCUCAUUUUGAAUGAAAAUAAAUAAAUUAAUGCCAAUGUA